GUUCUACGGCGUCCUCCGAUUUUAUUCACGGAAAGUGUAACGCCAUAUUGCUUCCGUGAAUUCUGUGAAAUAUUUGUGCAUUUCUCUUUAAUCAUGACUAUAAUAUGAAAAUGGAGUGAUUGAAAAUAAUUUACUAUCAUCAUAUAAUCGUGGGAAUAUAAUUAAAAGCAUCACAGCUUCAGAUUUUACUGGAAAAAGUGUAGUUCGAGCGGACUAUUAUGUCCUACGAGAAGAUGGAGGUGGUAAAUCCGGCAGAAAAGGAAGCCAGUGAGGUGCUGCACUCUCUGUUAUCCGUGGAGCGUCGUAGUGUUGACAGCAAGGAAGCGAUAAUUGUUUCCAUUCCGGCCGAUCAAAAUGGUGGAGGCGAGUACGGCGAAAGUGCCCAAUGGCACACACCAGUCAUGGGACAACAUUCAGUCUUUGAACUGAGUACAGCACAAGGUUUGCAACAACAUACUUACAAUGGACAUCAAGAACAGGUGCUUUGGCAAGGGCAUACAAUACAAGUGGAAAAUGGGGAUGGUAAUCUGCAAGCGAUGCAGGGAACAUACAGUAUUGAAUUUGAACCAAAUGUUGAUGGUGAAACUGGGGACAUGGAUGUUGACACAAAACCAAAGGUUGAAAAGAAAGUUGCUGUUAAGAGAAAGAAAAAAAUGGCAGAAUCAGAUAGUGAUGAGGACGUUUUUGAUAACAAAUUGGAAGAUAAUCCUGCACAGGUCAAAGAAAGACUGAAACGUGGCUGUGACUGCAAAGAUAAUUGCUACAGAGGGUUGAAUCCUGAAGCUGUGUAUCGGCACAGACUAAAUAUUGCAGAGUUGACAAAAAGUGAGCAUGACAUGUAUCUGAUGGGCAUUACAAUGGCAAGCUUGGCAAAUCCUGCUGAAACAUCUCGGCACAAAGUCAGGAGGAGAUUAAGGGCAUGCUAUGUUUAUCAAGGGAGAAAGGUUUGUUUAGAAGCUUUUUUAUAUUUGGAAAAUGUUACACAUUAUCAGCUCAAGCGGAUUAGACAACAUGUAAUGACGCAUGGAGUGGCACCCCGGAUACAUGGUAAUGUUGGUAAGAAGCCAUAUAACACUUUCACAUUAGACAUAUAUAAACAUGCUACUAACUUCCUGAAGGAAUAUUUAAAGCAACAUGCAAGCUCACCGAAAGAUGUACAGCCAUCAGGGGAGGGAGGCAAGAAAACAAGCAAAACAGUUAUAAUACAAGGCGAUUCAAGGAAGCACUUAUUUGAAGCAUACAAAGAAUAUGGAGAAAUUUUGGAACCCGGUGUGAAGCUUAUGGGCUACUCGACUUUCAGAGCAUUCAUGAAAGAUCAAUUUCCUCAAGUUAAGUUUGCGACCAAGAAGCAGGAGAUGCCAAAAGAUAUGGUGCCUUUCCGCAGCGGUAAGUGUAUGUCAUAUGAUAAAAACAAAGACCCUAUUAGGAUACAGCAGGAGAAGGAGAAGGCUGAAGCUAAAAAGGCAGCAAUGGAAGCAAAGAAGAAAGAGGAUAUGGAGAGGGAGCAACAAGCUCAACAAGAAGCCCAACAACAACAGCAGCAACAGCAGCAGCAACAACAACAGCAACAACAACAACAACAGCAGCAGCAACAACAAGUACAACACCAACAACAGCAACAAGUUCAACAGGUGCAAGUGCAACAACAUCAACAGAUGCAAAAUCAAGGCCCCCAUGUUGUUAUACAUCAGCAGCAACCGCAACAACAACAAACAAUGCAACAGCAGAUGUUGGUGCCACAAGUGAGCCAACACCAACAAGUAUUGACUCAACAAGUGGGUGGUGUUCAACAAGUUUCACAACAGCACUGUGUACAGCCUCUGGGAGUGUCCGAGGAUAGCGGGCAGCCGGUGGAGAUGGCUCAGCAAGUCAUACCUCUUGCUGUUGUGCAGCAGCCUCAGCAGGCUUACCUUGUUACACCAGUGUCACAUUUCCAAACACGUGUACAAGGAGCCUGGUACAGACAUUGACACCAAAACAUUUCAUCUUUGAAAACGUAAUGAGAUAAAAAGCAAUGCAACUAAGACAUUGCAUUGUCUUAUAGCUACAAAUUUUGUGGCAUGAGAAAUAUUUUUUUAUUAGCCACAUGUAACUUUGGCAAUAAGCUAGUAGAUACUUAGGUUUAACACCUUUUCAGUAUUGGUUUAUGAAAACUGAAGUAUCUGUAAGUAUAAAUUUAAUAAUAUUUACACAAUUUACAUUAGCAGUAGCUAUGUAGUAUAUUUUAUAGGCUUAUGACUUUAUAACUUUAACAUAAGUUAACGUUUGGAUAAUCUGUCAUGUUAUGUGUGAAGAAAUACUGCAAUUUUAUGAAUCAUUAAUCCCGCCUUCAGGUAUAUUUUAGUAAUUAGUUUAAUUUCUUUAUUAUAGUGUACUUUUUAUUGUGUUUUUGUGGGUUCCCAGAUUGUCUGCUUUAGGGGUAGAAUCAACAUUUUAGUGCUUGAGGUUUUUUCCAGUCCUGUUUAUCUUAAAUACAAUAUGUUUUCAUAUAUGGAAAUUAAUCAUAAAAGUGUAUCACAGAAGAGUGUUAAUAAGAAAGCAAAAAGUUUUUAAUGUUAGGAUCAAAAUUAUACAAACAUUGAAAUUUGUCUAAUUUCUUGCUAAAGUUACUUUAUGGUUAGUGAUUACUAAUAAAUAUCACAUUAAACAUCACGUUUCUCCUUUGAUUUAAAAAAAUACGGAUGAAAUUACAGUCGAACCAGAAUAAUCGAUAGUACAGGGGACCGAGAUAUUUGUCUCGCAUUUAGAGGUUUCUUGCUUACCAUAGUGUCUCGCUUAUGAAGGUCUUCCAUCGGGACUGGACAUUGACUUGCUCAUUCAGGUUUGACUGUAUCCAUUUACGAAAUGAAAGCAGUGCCUUUAAGUACGAUGGGUACAUAAGACAUAAAAAUGUUUUGAAAAAGUGUUUGAAUUAGUUAUUCAGAGAGUGAAUUAAGCAAAUUUAAAAUGUUUACCUUAUUACCACACUUACAAAUCCCUUAGUGUUAAAAUAUGUACAAGAUUGUACGCUAAGGGACUGCAAUAAAUAAACUAUGUAUGUCGCAGUUAGGAAGCUAUUUUUAUAUUUUAUACAUAUCAAAAUUUCGUAGUGAAUGAAUUUUGAAUAUUCCUAUGUUAGAAAGACAUGAUUGUUAACUGGUGUUUAUUUAACUAAUAGUCGUCAA